GCGGACCGCACCAGUCCAGGAUCCUGACUGCUGUAGCUUGGGCCGCAAUUAAAGCCCUUGGCCGUCAAGCUGGCGUUGCAAAAUGUCCCGAUUGCAGACGUCAACGCACAGGAUCGAGAUAACCAUGUGCCACGACUUGACAGGCUGUGGAAGCCCGCUAAUCGAUGUCGUGCCAUGAACUCGCGGCACCCAGGUGUCACUGCCUCGAGAGAUCUCAAGCGACCCAGCGGCCGACAGGGGCCAGCCAGCCUGGCGAGAGCCAGCCCUUGUCGCCAUGCCGCUCGCGCAGUCCACCAGGAUAGCCUCCUACCGACGAUGCCUGUUCCUGGCCUCCGUCGGCGAGGGGUGUCAGAGCGGCCUGCCACGCCCCGGCACAGACAGCACACCCACCCUCGAUGUCCAUCCCAAUGUCCAAGUCGACCCUUUGCACCCUCUUGCGAGCUUCAAUCAGGGCAAUCAUGUUGUGAUUGGUCACCUGCGAGAAUUAGUCAGGCAAAGUGCUGGAACGGUACUACAUAGUAGGCACCAUGUAGGUACCGUGGGUUAUGCUCCACCUGACCAGGACAUCCCGGCAAGGAGAAUUGACUCUGCGUGGCGUCCCACUUACACGCUUAGCUACAUAGUAUGGUACUUGUACACCGACAUACCGCGAGCCCCACCACCAUCGCCCAAAAGCUCUCGAGUUUCCAUCUAUUGAAACAGCUAAUAAAUCUCUGGCUGGCCCGCCGUCCCCUCCCUCUCACCUACAAGUACCCCUCGCACCAUCUCAUGAUAAGCAACGCAAACUUGCUUCACACCAUCGCCGUGUUGCUGCCGCAUCCGACCCCGAGCAAGUUUCCUGGUCGGGGCAACCUUGUCCGUCACGGCCAGCACCGGACCACCUGCCCAGUAUAAUACCGUCUGGGUCGCAUUUUCAGAUGCUCUGCAUCAACAGUGGCAGACUGACUGCCUCUGUCAGUGUCUCCCUCCGUCGACCCUAGCCUAGAGAUUCAUAUUAUCUUGCAGCGACGAGGCCCACAUUCUGCUCUUCGAUCACGCUCUUUGCGAAAUAUCAUAUUCUUCUCUCCUUUCCUUAUUACCUGCCAACAACAUCUUCGGUUGGCGACGUCGUUCUCUCUCAACUGCUCUCUGGCCUGGGUAGACGUUUACUGUGAGGAAGAAAGGGACAGCAGCCUCAUGAAGUCCUCCCGAUCAGUCACUGCCGUCGUGGAAAGUGAUUGAGGAACCACAUUCAAGGGCUUCGACCCAUAGACGCACUCAUUACAAGGCUACAACGGCCACUCCAUGAGGAACGAGCUUGGAACAGCCUCCCAUGUCGACCUUUGACCUGCAGCCCUUACCCCAUGGAGGAGACGACUCGUUGUUGAGUCAAAGUCUGCUGCCCUCUGGUAACUUUGGCUUCCAGCAGAGUGCAACAGUCACCGUCAGCUCAAUAGUGCAGUCCAGCACCGCAUCCGCUGCGACCGGUGGGAACACACCAGGCCCCAACUCGGGCGUAUCGGGCAGUUCCGCAAAUACCACCGCAUCGCCCAACAUUACACCCUCACCUGACAAUGGCAAUGGCUCCGACUCAUCAGAUCCGAACAGGACAACAAUCGUCGUCCUCAGUACAGUCUUGUCGGUCGUCGGUGUCAUAUUGGUUGUAGGCGCCACCCUCUUUUGUCUACGAUGUCGCCGGAGACGGUCGAAGCUAUUCAGACGUGGAAUAACGCCCAUCGACGAUGACGAGAUCGAAACCUGGAAGAGCAGCCGCCGCGAGAAGGAACUAGGCGACGAUGCGGGCUUGACCAAGUACAGCGAUAGCAACGGGCAUGUCAAGCACGAAUCAGUCAGCUCUACCAGGAAGUCGACCAGCGUGAUUGUUUACUCCAAUACUCGCAGGUCAGAGGAGCGUUCGCCCAGGUCGCCGCGGGCACAAUUCCAAUACGGCAAGAGAAGCCUCGAUGGACGAAAGAUCAGCCUCGACAAAGAGCUGCCGCAAACGCCAAUACAAGCGAGGGCACCGAAUGCUCGUGAAGGUCUUACGGACGAUGCAGUUCCUGGUGAUGAUCCUUUCAUUCAGUAUCCUAAGCGACAAACCUCCCGUCUUUCCAAGACGCCCCCCAAUCAUCCCCAACACCCAAGACAUGCGCACACACGGACGCGAUCGAGCUUCAGCCUGCGCAGCCUCGGUGAUCACAUCAGAGGUUAUGACUCUGAAGUUGAGCUGACCCCGCGGACGUCCCAAGACUGCCACGAUUACCAGGCGAGGCGUUCUAACGACCAUCAUUCCCGCGUGUUUUCGUCUUCGUCAAUACCGCCAAGGUUGUCAUUGUCGAAUGAUUGGCCUGGAUCACCCCAACUACGCCAGGCUAUGAUCGGACGAGCCAUCGGUUGA